AUGCUCCCAUUCAACGGCACCAUUCCCCUCUCAGUUGGCUUUGAUCGCCCUGAAGACUACUUCAUUUUUCUGUUCCAUAUUGUUUUUGCUACUAGUGCGGUCCUCCUCGCAGGCUCAGUAGUAGUUGGAAUCUUGAGCACGAAGAGUCUUCGACGACAGAACAGAUUUAUUUUCAUGCUCAACACCAGCAUUUGCGACACUCUGAUCGGGUUCUCCGUUUAUUAUCUCGGUCUGUUCGAUGUGCAGGAAGGAUUCCCCUCAAGGAACGGUACAUACUACAUUCUACCUUCACUUCUUGGAGUAAAUAUCCUUACGUUUCUGUUUGCACAGAUUGACCGCUAUUUCGCGAUUUGUCACCCGUUCUUUUACUGUCGAUUUGUUACACGACCGGUUAUCAUCGCAAUUUGUGUGUUUUGCUGGUUUGUCACUUAUCUCACAAACGCGCUGCAAAACACUGUCCCCGUUUCAAAAGCUGCACAAAUAGGCGCAAUUAGCAUUAUGGCGUUACAGGCUGUAGUCAUCACUAAAAUUUUAAUGACUAUAAGGUUGUAUGUAAUUGCCAGAUAUCAGCUUGCACGAGACCCGCCGAGCGCCGAGAAGGAGAACAAGAAGGAGUCACUGAGAAUCGUUAUAUUCGUAGUCGUGUGUUUCUUAACGUUGUGGGGUCCCUCCUUCGUCAACAUUAUUGUGAAGCAGACGACAUUUAAAGGCUUAUGGUUCAGGAACGAAGGAACGAACCUCUUUGCCAUUAUGGCGCGAUUUAACGCGCUUAGCACACCUUCUGUGUACGUCUGGGGAAGCCCCGCGCUGCGCGAAGCUUUGAAGAACACCGUCUGGGGGAGAGUGUGUCCAAAGCGGAAAAGAAGGUAGAGUGAGUUCACGGCGGCGUCGUCGUCAUUUACAGCGUUUUGUCAGAACGCAAAGGGUAGCUUGUUGUCUUUGUCUUUACAAUGCAGAAUCAGUUGUGAUCACGGAUGCAGGAGCGAUCGUCGGCAGAAAAUACCAAGUAUAUCGAGAGGGAAAAUACCAUGAAAAUCUGGAUGAAACAGCAGCCCUACCAAGUCGGCCUUUGAACCAAUACCAUAUGAGCUAUGUGAACUUUUUAAAGUAGCAAUAUUCGGGGUUUUCCAUUAAUGAAAUAGUACGAUGCCCUGCAUUUAUAUUAGCGCAUUUUUUCAGCAAAUACUGCACAAAGCGCUUAAUAGUGAAUGCCUCUCAUUCUGCCAGCCAUUCCGCUCACACCAAUGGCGAAGAGCAGCCAUGCAAGGCGCCAAUCAGCUCGUGGGGAGCAACCGGCAUUAGGUUGGGUGUCUUGCUCAAGGACAAGUAAACACACCCAAAAGGCGGGGAUAGACUACCGCUCUAAUGUAAAAGCUUAAGUACUGCGAAAUGCAUGCUUACACCCACCUGUAUAUUUGUCGUCUCGUGAAAAGUGUUAAGGUCGUGAUACACAAUGGCAUGGGGACGGAAACCGUAACCGAAAACAACCAAUAAACGUGACAUUUAAAAAGUGACAUGGCUGAGUCUGGGGAGGCUGUAGACUAGAGGAGCAGCGGUGUUUUGGAGGAGCUGCAGGGGUUCAUACAUUAAUGAGUCAAAAGUCAAAACUCAAAAAUCUAUAUUCAUAUAUGCAUAGUUUCAUAGAAAUGUAUUCAGACCACACGGUUAAAAUGUUUGAAACCUCCAAAAUUAGUGGCGACUAUGCUGUCACCCGUUCAGAUGCCUUGAAACAAAUAAUUCAGUCUUUCGAAAACUCCCAAAAACUCUGCUUGCCAAUUUGAUGGUUUGCUUUGCAGCAGUAACUUCAGUGUAGAUAGUUAUUGAGCUAAGGGUGAAUUCACACCAUGUGAGAGUCUUCUGUGUGUGGGAAAGACCCCCAGCAUUGUGCUGAAUAAAAACACAUCUUGCGCUGCUGAAAGAGUGAUACUGAAGCUAAAGAGACGGAUGUGCACCUCUGUACACCCUGCUGUAACGCUGCU